CACGCAUGACAUCAGGACUUAUAAUGGCCAAAAGAAAGAACGAGAAUUUGGAGGGCACGAGAGUGCCGAAGUCAUUGAAGAGCAGGAAAGAGGAGAGUGCACCGGUCACAAAGCAGGCUACAAAGAAAACUGCAGUGCAGGGCAAGGCAGGUGCAAGCAACGGGAAGGUCGUCCUGAGCAAGAGCAAGGCAGCAGUAGAAUCAGCCCUUACACCGAAGGACGAGGUCUCAGGAACAUCCAGCUUCCAAAUCAUUACUGGGUCUUAUGAAAGGGUUCUGCAUGGAUUCGCUGCAGCCAUUCCAUCAGACCUCGUCACAGGAAACCACGACGCAUCAACACCAGAGGCCGAAAAAACCAAGGUCGAUUUCACGGAUACCUUCCUUUUCAACGCCCACGCAUCCGCCAUCCGUUGCUUGGCCCUCUCCCCGCUCUCAGACGAAACCAACAAGGUCACAUUAGCAACCGGCGCAACAGAUGAACGCAUCAACCUCUACUCCCUCUCAACAGCACCACCAGCACCCUCGAAAACCCCCAAACUCCCCAGCCUAACAGGAAUCGCCAUCACCGAGAAUUCUAAGAACAAAGAACUAGGUUCUCUCCUCCACCACUCCUCAAAUAUCACAGCGCUCUACUUCCCCACGCGCGCGAAACUCCUUAGCGCCGCAGAAGACAGCACAAUAGCCAUCACACGAACCCGCGAUUGGACCGCACUAUCUACGAUAAAAGCGCCGAUUCCUAAACCCCAGGGCCGACCGAGCGGAGACACCGCAGGGCCGGGCGAGGUCCCGAGCGGUAUCAAUGAUUUUUCCGUGCACCCCAGUAUGAAACUCAUGGUCAGUGUGGGCAAGGGCGAGAAGUGCAUGAGGCUGUGGAACUUGGUGACUGGCAAGAAAGCCGGCGUACUUAACUUUUCGCGCGAUAUGCUGGCUUCGGUUGGUGAGGGGCGUUUCCAGUCUGGCGAAGGACGGCGCGUGAUCUGGGACAAGGAGGGCGAGGAGUUUGCGGUUGCAUUCGAGAGGGGUGUUGUAGUGUUUGGUAUCGACUCGAAGCCAAAGGCCAAGAUCUUGCCUACACCGAGAACGAAGAUUCACCAGAUGCACUAUCUUCCAUUAGAAGACGGCCCGAACACACUACUCGUUUCGACGGAGGACGGACGUAUACUGCUCUACGACACAAGCGCCACAGCACCAAGCGAGAACGCAGAACCCAAGAAGGAGGAAAUGCCCUCCAGCAAACUCAUCGCCCAGAUCGGUGGCCCGGCAGCUGGCAUCACAGGACGUAUUAAGGACUUCGAGGUUCUGUCAUACUCUCCAACGGACAAGUCGAAAUACCUCGUCAUCACCGGAAGCAGCGACGGCACAGUGCGUCUUUGGUUCAUCGACGCCUCGGAACUGAAUAGCGGCGCGGACGCAGAGAAGGGUAGUGGGUUCACAGCAAACCAAAUCGGAAGACUGCUAGCCACAUACUCGACUGGCACACGGAUAACGUGUCUCAAGGCGUACCCCAUGACUGGCAAGCCGGAUGAAGAAGAGGAAAUUGUAGACGAGAAGAUCGAGGUUGAGAGUGAGAGCGAGAGCGAUGACAGCGAGUAGUAUAGUGCUUGGAAGGGUUGACAAAGCUGUACAAUGAUACCACACCGCAUCUUCAUUUGCCGGUCUCAACCUUCCCCUAUACACCAUGCGUGUCGUAUCAACCAGUCCAAAGCGCUUCACAAUAAGGACUCUACGCUGCAAGAAACCGGUGGUAGCUCUUAUGAGCAGCACUCAUGCUUGCCCAGGUUUUCGUUCCAGCGACUACAGAUUCAUAGUCACAGUCAUAGUCCCCCCACUCACCAACAACACCGGUCCCAACCCCUCCGUCAGCACCUCCAGAUCACUCACAUACUUGACGCUCUCGCUCUCGCUCUUACACGUGCCCUCCAUCGGACUCGGCAGCGUCGU